AUGGCAAGACUCAUUGACGAUGCUGACUACGAUGCCGGUGAAACGUCUGUGAAUCUUCGUGUUCGUCCACCUAAUUUGAUCCGCCGAUUCCCUCAUUCAUCAGUCUCUUCUGCUUGUCUUCCUCCUGGUCCAUCGUCUUUCUCCAUUCAUCGUGAUGCCAAGCCCAGCGGCUCUGGCUUGCAGAAGAGUCACAAGGAGGAGCAACUUUCCUUUGGCUUUUCUGCUGUAUCUCGAGUCAACCCAUUAAUCCAAGAAAACUUGGACCAUGGGGCUAGUGAAAUAGGGUCAAAAUGCACUCCUACUACGGUUAAUAAUUGCAGUGAAACUAUUAUUGCUGACACAACUACUACUGGUGGCAAUUGCAGUCACAGCACUUUGGCCUUUCGUUCAGAUGCAACUCGAAAUUCUGCAAAUAAGCCCAAUGGACCUUUGAAUCGUAACUCAUCAAAAGCUGUCGGUCAAAUUUCGCCCCAAAACGGCUUUUCUGCUUCUGCAAUUGCCAGUUCUAUGUCUGCUCCUACUACUUCGGUUGGUUCUCUCAAGCCAUGUUCUGACCAUCCGGGUUCCACUGCGAUCGGCACGUUCCACUUGCCUGGAAACCUUAGCCCAGCCAGUAUUUCAUAUGGGGAGGCCUUUAAUGAGCUGGCGACUUCCUACGCUUGUCUAGUAGAGUUAAAUACCGAUGGCUCGGACAGAGACCCGAUUCGUGGCGACCCACCCCCACUCAUAAUUGCUCUUCCACUUCACAAAGGCAGGGUAAGAGCUCUUGUUUUUUAA